AUGUCUGGCUUCAGCUUCUCAUUUGCAGGCGAUGAUAUAGAGAUAGAUACAGCGCAAGAUGCUCUUCCAUCUGUCUCCACCCAAGCUGCAGAAACCGGCACCCUCGCACCACGAAAAUCAAGCGGGGCAUUUCCGGUAGCAGGACAACCACUUUUACCUCCAACUCAUCACACUUUAGAGGAAUUCCUAAAGACGUUGCCAUCUCAGAUUGCUUAUUCUACGCUGGUUGUUAAGUUGGAUGAUGGUAAGGAGAUUGGAAUACCGAGAAGGGAGUUAUGGGAUGUUAGAGCGCAGUUGAUGGCUGAGGAUGAGGGAAAUGGGGAAGGGCUUUUGGGAUUGGGGAAUGAUGAUGUGAAGACUGGGGUUUAUGAAGGAGGGUUUAAAAGUUGGGAGAGCUCGGUGGAUUUGGUUAAGGUUCUUAGUGGGAGGACGAUUGUUGGGGAGGGGAGGAGGAGAGUUUUAGAGCUUGGUUGCGGAACUGCUCUUCCAUCUCUAGCCGUCUUCCAAUGGUUCCUGGAAAACACAACCUCUUCCACAUCCGGGCUGGAUCUUGGACUUGCAGACUACAAUCCUACAGUUCUACAGCUCGUCACUUUACCCAAUAUUCUCCUUUCGUGGGCACAAAUCACAAAAUCCGAGUCUUGGGAGGCAGAAGGCGAACUCGAUAUCGACGAGGCACUUAUCUCUGAAUUUACCUCUGCGCUGACUUCGUGCAACAUCAAUAUAUCACUCUUCUCUGGUGCUUGGUCUCCAGAAUUUGUCUCGCUGGUCACUGACAAGCUAUGCCUAUCAUGCGAGAACACAAUUAUCAUUGGAGCGGAAACCAUCUAUUCUCCUGUUGCUUUGAAGGCUUUUGCUGAAACGUUGAUGACGUUACUUGAUUUAAGCACAGGGUCGAAUAAGACGGCGUUGAUAGGGGCCAAGAAGGUGUAUUUCGGAGUUGGCGGUUCAAUAGAAGAUUUUAUUGAAGAUGUCACCGCUCGUGGGGCUCUAGUAAACCAGGUUAGGGAAGAGUCAGAUGGCGUUAGAAGAGCUGUUAUAGAAGUUGAAAAGAGGGCUGAAUAA